GCAAUGAAAGAAAUAUGUGUAAGUAAAGGGUCUUGGGGUGCGUCUUGAGAAUGGGCACGUCUGAAGCACUUACAGGAAGAAGCCUGGGUGUUGGUCGGGUCAGAAGCGCCGUUCUUUGUUUCUUUGUGAGCGUCUGCCUUUGUUUCGGUCACCUCCUCGGCCUUGGAGGUCGAGGUCGAAGUUCGACUAGCAAUUGUGCUUGGAGCCGUAGCCGCAGAAUCAUCCUUCUUAGCCUCAGCAGACACGUUACCAUUUACGUGCUUCACCUUAAUGGGUGAGCGCACAUCCGGUUCCUGGAUCGUGGUGGAGGCAGCAGUCGAAGAAACAGGGACAGCAUUGGCACGAGCAGCAGCAGAAGCGGCCUGACGCUUCACAUAAGGCAGUGGGAUAGCAGGCAUGACAGGCUUGGAGGACUGAGAGAGCUUGCUCCCGCCAUUUCGGCGAGUCUUCAUAUUGCCAUUUUGGGGCGCCAUUUCAUGGACGAGAUCGUUGACGGUUCGGCGGGGAAGGUAUCGGCGGGCGAUCAGCUAGCCAGCGCCAGGCCUCAACAGAGGAUUCGGAGGGAGGGGGGCUCUACGGAUCUAGAGGAAGAGGCAUGGAGAGCAGACGUCUUCGUUUUAACUAAGAGCCCUUUUGUCGAUUCUGGGCUGAAGGGUAAGGUAGUGGCCGUGGAUCGGAGGCGAACUGGCGAUGCACUAGAAAUGAGGGUCCGGUUGCAGCUGUUUGUGCGGAGAGCAAGAGCUCAAGUAGGAGCGGAUUUCGAUGACGGGUGUGUAUCGUAAGGAGGGUGAAUUAAGGAAUGAAAGGCAACAAACCACAGGGCUUAGAGAGGAUAAGGUGCUGUAGCAGGUGAUGAAUAGGGAGAAUUAUGCUGUGAGAAUUUCACCAACCUGGAAACCCGGAUGAUGAUGAUGUCGAGGAGGUGCUUCCAACGGCUUCCAAAGGAUGGAGACAAGUCCCAAGGUAACAAAAAUUGGGGCUUUCGUCACAAUUUUUCUUGUAGGUAGACC